CGCUCAAGAAACCGCGAUCGUUAGCGUUCCCACCGAGCUCUCGGAACUCGAUAGCGAAAACCCUUCGCUAACAUUUUUGUUCGCUAGCAACAGGCUCGUCCAACGCCCAUCUCCGGAGAAUCACGUACCUAACGCUCGAUAUCAGCGCGUUCAUCAGCUCUUCGCCACCCCGGAAGAACAUUAGAAGAAGACGUGCUCGGCCGACAGGAACCACGAGUAUAUAGCCGAGGUCUGAUCAGCCAGACCCAUAAUUAGACCAGCUCUAGGGGUGCAUCCGUGUCCCGUGCAGAACCACUACGACCCGCAUCUGCUUCCAAGGUCGAGUCGAAGCCACGCGCCGCGUAUUUAGCGUUAUACCAAUUGGCGACAGUCAACAAACUCGAGACCGUGUGUAUGUGUUUUAAAUGUAGUAGUCAAGAGCAAGCGAGAAAUCAUCGAACCACUGAAGACAGCGUCCGGUAUAUAAGAAAAAUAAAGUAAAAUGUAUUAUUAUACGCACAUAUACAUAUAUAUAUAGUUUCUUAAGCUCAUAUCCUAUCCCGUAUCCUACCCGCAAGGUUAGGUCAAGGUGUGCUUCAGCGCUUUAACCGGCAGCACCCACAACGCAAAUUAGAUAAAGAAAACGCUUCGUAAGCGGGGACGUAACAUCAGCAUCGCCCUAUGGAUUUACAAAACCAUCCUGCUACCGCGGCUAACUUAUGCCGCGAUAAUAUGGUGGCCUAACAUUAAAAAAGCAGAAACAAGAAGCCUACUCAAAAGCCUCCAGAGAAGUUACCUGAGAGCUAUUGUAGGGUCCAUGAAAACCACACCAAUAGCCGCAUUGCAAGUGACUCUAGGGUAUGCUCUCCUUGAGCACGUUAUAAUUAGCGUUGCCAAACUCACAGCGUAUAGACUGCACUGCCUGGGGAAAUGGAAGAGCUUCAGAACGGGACACACGGCACUGGAACUCUUACACAACCCCCCAUUCAGGCUUGUGCAGGAUAAAAUCCCCAGGACGUACCAACUACAAAGGACCUUCAAGGUCCACAUACCAACUAGGGACGACUGGAAGAAACCAGGAUUCCCUAGUAACCUGAGCACUAACAUCUGGUAUACGGAUGGCUCAGGAAACAACAACCGCUUUGGGGCAGGUUUCUGUGGCCUGAAGAUGGAACACAGAACCAGUCUCUCUAUGGGGGCGUUGGUCAUGGUCUUCCAGGCCGAGGUCCUAGCGACCUCAGAAUGCGCGAAACUACAGACCUCUUUAGGAGUUAAGUAUAAAAAGAUCUGCAUCUGUUCAGAUAGCACAGCAGCAAUAAAUGCCCUUGCAAAGACCAGUACGGAAUCUGUCUGGGAAGGCAUGCAGGCACUAGCACAACUGAGUAGGUUGAACAAAAUCACCUUCAUAUGGACCCUUGGACACCAAGGUGUACAGGGCAAUGAGAUAGCUGACGGUCUGGCAAAACUGGGCACCCUUUUGUCCUAGGGAAAAAACUCAUCAAAGAGGACCUGGAGAGGCAGCACCUGACCUCCUGGAGGGAAGUAACGGGCUGCCGCCAGGCAAAACUCCUGAUACAACAACCAUCAGCCAGCAGAACAAAGGAACUCCUAGCUAUGAAUAAAACAAAGAUAAAGGCCUGCAUAGGGCUCCUUACAGGCCACAUGACCCUACGGGCUCAUUUACACAAUCUCGAUCUGACCGAGCAAAUAAAUUAAUAAAUAAAUCUCCGGCUAUGCGGAGAGGAAAAGCAGGACAGCAUACAAAUGCCGAUGUCCUGCUCUAGCUCAGAAAAGAUACAAAUCCAUGAGCAAAAUGUUCUUAUGUCCCAGUGAUUAAGAGAAGGUUAAGAUGAGCAGCCUCUACGGCCUGGUGGCUGACGCCGGGCUAGGUCUCAUCCAAUAACUAACCCAAUAAACCAGCGGAAUGUCGCAAAAAAACUUUUAGAUCUAGGUGACUCUAGGGGUUUUAUUUCCCCACCCGAAUUCUACUACUACUACUACUACGUGACAAUUUUUAAGAAAACCUCUUGCUGCAUUAACAAAAUACGCUAAAAAGUAUGAAAUAAUUUCUACUUCAUUUAUACCAAUACC